GGCUUCCUAGCAUUUCCUCUUUAAACCCCUUCUUCCUCUCUCCUCCUACUCUGCUUAUCAGUUAUCACACACAGAGAGGGAGACUACCUUGCAGCAAAUGAAGAAAUUGAAGAACUAUUACGUGCACUUGAGGCACCAACCAAAAUGGGAGCGAAAAUGGAUUUUCCCUCUCGCUAUAGGCUCUAUUGUCUCCCUCUUCCUUCUCUGCCUCGCCACUCUUGCAUCGUCCGAUGGUACUUCUCUCUUUCCCAUUUAUCGCUCUAUAACCGCUUCCUAUUCCGUUUUUGUUGAAUCCAAGCUUCAUCCUAUACCCGCUUCUCCGCUACCUCCGCCACCGAGUUUCGCAUACCUCAUAUCUGGGUCCGUCGGUGACGGUAAUCCGCUCAAACGCACGCUUUUAGCACUUUACCAUCCUCGCAACUCCUACGUCGUGCAUUUGGACCGUGAAUCGCCGCCUGAGGAGCGAGCUGAUCUGCUGAAGUUUGUGAAAAAUCAUCCAGUUUUCCGGAAAUUUGGUAAUGUAAAGGUAAUCAAGAAGGCGAAUCUGGUUACUUACCGGGGCCCCACAAUGGUUGCGAACACCCUUCAUGCCGCUGCGAUCCUGUUAAGGGAAGGCGGUGACUGGGAUUGGUUCAUAAAUCUAAGUGCCUCUGACUAUCCACUUGUUACCCAGGAUGAUCUGCUGCAUACAUUUUCAUAUCUGCCUCGCGAGCUUAACUUCAUUGAUCAUACCAGUGACAUUGGAUGGAAAGAUCAUCAACGGGCAAGGCCGAUAAUAAUUGAUCCGGGGUUGUAUUUGUCUAAAAAACAAGAUGUGUUCUGGGUUACUCAGCGAAGGAGUAGACCAACUGCCUUCAAACUUUUCACAGGUUCGGCUUGGAUGGUACUCACUCGAUCUUUCAUCGACUACUGCAUAUGGGGAUGGGAUAACCUACCUCGAACUGUUCUAAUGUACUAUGCAAAUUUCAUAUCUUCUCCUGAAGGAUACUUCCAUACUGUCAUAUGUAAUGCCCAGGAAUUCAGUAACACAACAGUGAAUAGCGAUCUCCAUUUCAUUACUUGGGACAAUCCUCCCAAGCAACAUCCUCACUACCUUAGGCUUGCUGACAUGCAUCGGAUGAUCGAUAGCAAUGCUCCCUUCGCAAGGAAAUUCCCAAGAGAUGAUCCGGUAUUGGACAAAAUUGAUGCUGAACUUUUAUCCAGAGGUCCUGGCAUGGUUGUUCCUGGAGGCUGGUGCAUUGGAAGCCGGGAGAAUGGGUCUGAUCCCUGCUCUGUUAUUGGUAAUACUACUGCCCUCAGGCCUGGUCCAGGCGCAAAAAGGCUGGAAACUCUGAUCAGCUCAUUGUUGUCCAACGAAAGUUUCCGACCAAGACAGUGCAAAUGACCAUGAGCUGGCAGAUGUGUUUGUUCUGCCGGCUUUCGGCCUUAUUUGAUACGUGCGAAUUUAGUUAGCAUGAUCAUCGGAUAAAUGUUCCUUUCUAGUGGAAAAAAUCUGAAAUUAUACGCAUAAUCUCUUCUGGAGGGAAGCCAGGGGAGUCGCUGGUGAAGAUUGAAGAUUUGGUUUCCUUCCAGUAAUGAUAUUGUAUACACUUAUACAUGACCCCAUAGCAGAACUGAAUGUAGCCCUUACUGAAGUAGUCACCGCUUCCUUCCUGUUUUCUUUUUCUUCACUAUAUUCCAAGGACUAACGAUCAAAAAUGGGUAAGCUGAUUUUGGCUUUUGUUGCUCUCUUUUA